AUGAUCGAUAAAGAAAAAGCUCAUUGGCGGAAUGUUUUACUAAGAGUUCUUUCCGCAAUACAGUAUUUAGCUAAAAAUAAUGAUGCUUUCCGAGAAUGUUCAGAUAUCUUAUAUGAGAAAAAUAAUGGUAAAUUUUUAGGCAUUAUAGAAAUGUUAGCGAAAUUUGAUCCGGUUAUCUCUGAACAUGUACGUCGUAUUAAAAACAACGAAAUGCAUGUUCAUUAUCUUGGACAUAAUAUUCAAAACUCGUUGAUUUCCAUGAUGGCACAGGAGAUCGAUUUUGAAAAUGAAUCUAGCUGUUCUGAAAUAAAAGAAUAUUUCAUGGACUUUGUACAUAUUAGCUCAAUUACUGGAAUGGAUUUAUCAAAUAUUUUGAUUGAAAAAUGA